GCAAUCACAGCAGACGGACACCGGGCGUGUUGUUCUGAGGCUGCGCGACUAAGGAGUUCUCACGGUCCCGCUGCCGCUGUUGUCUCCGGGCGCAGGUUCCUGCAGUCAAACUUCAAGGGACAGGAUGAUUUGGAGAGCAGCCCUGUUGCUCGGCUUGGCCCUGGGGACUGGCGCUUUUCUGCUGGAUGAUCCGGAGGACGGCGGCAAGCACUGGGUGGUGAUCACCGCCGGUUCAAAUGGCUGGUACAACUAUAGGCACCAGCUUUCAGUGAAGGACCUGAAUGAGACCAUCCGUUACAUGUACAAACACAAGAAGUACCAAAAGAUGGUGUUCUACAUUGAAGCCUGUGAGUCUGGGUCCAUGAUGAAACACCUGCCCAAUGACAUCAAUGUGUAUGCUACCACUGCGGCCAACCCCAGGGAGUCGUCCUACGCCUGCUACUAUGACGAAGAGAGGGGCACGUACCUGGGGGACUGGUACAGCGUCAACUGGCUGGAAGACUCGGACGUGGAGGACUUGACAAAGGAGACCCUUCACAAGCAGUACCAGCUGGUCAAGUCCCGCACCAACACCAGCCACGUCAUGCAGUACGGAAACAAAUCCAUCUCUGCCAUGAAGCUGAUGCAGUUUCAGGGUAUCAGACACAAAGUCAGCUCUCCCAUCUCUCUGCCUCCUGUCAGACACCUUGACCUCACCCCUAGCUCUGAGGUACCCCUUGCGAUCCUGAAAAGGAAGCUGAUGGCCACCAAUGACCUGCAGGAGUCCAGGGUUCUUCUCGAGAAGAUCAGCGGGCACCUGGAGGCCAGACACGUCAUGGAGAAGUCCAUGCAAAAGAUCGUCUCCUUGCUGGUGAUGUCCAACGCUGAGGCAGAGCAAUUCCUCUCCCAGAGAGUGGAGCUCACGAAGUAUGCCUGCUACCAGGAGGCCGCCAUGCACUUCCGCACACACUGCUUCAACUGGCACUCCUCCAUGUACGAGUAUGCUUUGAGACAUUUGUACGUGCUGGUCAACCUUUGUGAAAAGCUUUAUCCAGUUGACAGAAUAAAAUUGGCCAUGGACAAGGUGUGCCUUGGUUACUACUGAAAAGCUGCCUUGGUGAUGCUUUUCCGAGUGUGAACACCUCUGCUUAGAAUGUGUGACUAGCCUGAGACUGAAGAGGUGGAGCCAGGAGGAAGUUGCCCCUGCCUGCCCCCGGCCCUCCUGGGGAAUGCAGUCGGGCCACUCCCACAGUCGGGCCACUCCCGGACCUUUCUCUCGCCUUUACCUCUUUGCCCAACCUUCUACAGGUUGUAUAUGACACUCUGAAAAACUACAGAUUUGGGUGGGUAAAAGUCUAUGCUGAAAGGCAUAUUUGCUUUUUACGGGGUUCUUUUGGCCACUACUUUAAGGAGAAAGAAGUUCACUUAGGCUUCUGUAGCCAGUGAAAGAGUCUUGGCUCCAAGGAAUUUGAGACGAGUUGUAGGUGAAACCUAAGUCUUCAGAAAGAGUUUACUGAAGAGGACUCUAUGCCUCAAAUGGACAUCUAUUUUUAGAAAAUACUAUUAUAAUUUUGAUUGAUUUUGUAUUUUAUUUUGCAAUAUUGGACAAAUCUUAAAAAAUAAAGGUUGAUAACUGAACCCAAGUAUUAAUUUCUGGCCCCUAACUUUGUGGUAUGUGCUCCUGGCGCCUCCUAGUGGCCUUAUCGCCUCCCCCCCGCUAACUGACUACCACUGUUUCAUAUUGUCUAUACUCCUUGGACUUUCUAGCCUCCUGCCUUUGCUUCUUGCUGUUCCUCUGCCCUGGAAUGCCUUUCCCUUCAUCUCUACAGAGCCUCAACGUUUAUCUCUUCUU